AUGGACCUGUCCCCUCGAGCUGCCGUGAGACUCCUCCUCCCUCGCCUGCCACUGAUUCUGAAAACCGCUCUUUUCAAUGCUCUAUCUCUGUCUCCGAAUUCUUCCAAGCAAAAUCUUACCACUGAAGUUGCCGUUGCUUUCCUCCGAUCCAUCCUUCGUAUCCGGAGGCCCGUACUCGUCUUACAACGAGUUUCCACUCGGGAUCCUGGAAUUCAAGGUCCCAUAUUGGUUUCGAAGGUUACGAUUCCCGCUCCCAAUGAUGAAAGUGGUCCUCGAGACGCCGUUUGCAGUGCUAUCAAAGAGCUGGGAGACGGGUCUGAAACAUACACUCUCCCUGAUUAUGCGGCAGUCGAGGCCGAAUGGACUAGCUAUGGCCGUGGGAUAUCCUCCGCUGAACCAAGGCCAGAUAGAUCGGAGCAAGACCACUACCAAAGACUAAUGGAACAUACAUCGUCGCCCGUCACAAUCCUAUAUUUCCAUGGCGGCGCAUACUUCUUGAUGGAUCCGGCCACGGUUCGAGAGCCCAUUUCGCGACUGACAAAGAUCACCGGAGGCAGGGCUUUUGCCGUCCGAUAUCGCCUGGCUCCACAGGCUCCUUUUCCUGCCCAACUACUCGACGCCCUGAUAGCUUAUCUGUCCCUCCUUUCUCCCCCACCAGGGUCAUUCCAUGAGCCGGUCCCGGCCCAAAAUAUCGUGCUCGCAGGAGAAUCUGCGGGUGCAAACCUUGCCAUUGCAUUGUUGCAGCUUCUCUUGACAUUACAAAGAAUGGGCCAGGGCAGGAUCAGGUUUCAUGGCGUCGAUGUUCCCAUCCAACUCCCCGCUGGUGUUGCCGGGAAUUCUCCCUGGACGGAUAUCACGCGUUCUCAACCCUCUAUUAAUAAUAACGCACAUUUCGACUAUCUGGAUCCUCCCAGUGCAACGGGUAUUUCAAGAGCUGAGCCCAUUCCGGACGCGGCGUGGCCAGCGUCUCCUCCACGUGCAGAAAUAUUCUGUAAUGCCUCGAUGAUGGUGCAUCCUCUGGCCUCUCCCCUAGCCGCGCCUCCAGAGCUGUGGAAGGGAAUGCCACCUGCUUUCAUGUGCUUGGGGAAUGAAGGACUGGAAGAUGAAAUCACUGUCCUCGCUCGUAGGAUGCACCAGGGCGGUGGUGUGGUAGAUUUUGUGGGAUACGAAGGAAUGCCACAUUGCUUUGCCAUGAUAUUUCCCACUUCUCCUGCGGGUAGGGAUUGCUUUGUACGGUGGGCGAAAUUUUGCUCUGGGCUAGUCCAAGGCUCCGGACCGACAUCCAGCCGGGCGGUCUGGGCAGAGGCAUUGUCCAAACCACUACGAUUCAAGGAGGUGCCAAUGCACCGAUUGACAAAGCUGGCCGACCACGAAGUCAAUGAUGCUAUGAACAGAAUGCAGAAACAUGCUAUGGACAGAGAGAAGGAAGCUCUGGAGAAAUGGAGUGAACAGCAAUCGAAGGCCAAACUAUGA